CUCACAGUCUCAUUCAGUCUCAUUCAUGACUCAUUCAGUUGGUGUACGAAACUACUAAUUUCAAAUUCAAUCUUCAAAUUCAUCUUCAUUUUCCAUUCUUUCAAGUUUCAAGACGCCAUGACUACUAACACUAGGUUUCUGGGCUUAUACAUCACCAUCUGUGUAUUAGCUUUCAUCAUCUCAAAGAUCACCAUAGCUGUCCUCUGCUAUUGCCGAUGGCAGAAAAAACAGUUCGUCAUCCAAGACACCUUUUCUGGUGGAAAGCUGGUACUGUUCAGAUCACCUAAGAUAAAAACCCUAAAAUCGAAUGUGUUCUUGAAGAAGACGAUGAAACUCACCAACAAGGAUCGAAUCGGAUCCGGAGGUUACGGAAUGGUUUACAAAUUGACAAUUAACGAGUCAACGUCUUUUGCUGUGAAAAAGCUACGAAAAGAAACCGCAGAACACGAUCGAGGAUUUGAGAGAGAAUUGGAAGCAAUGGGAGAUAUAAAGCAUCGUAACAUUGUUACUCUUUAUGGUUAUUACAGCGCCCCCAAUUUUAAUCUCCUCAUCUACGAGUUAAUGCCUAAUGGAAGCUUGGACGUCGUUCUUCAUGGAAGAACAAUGGAGAAGAUGAUUGUUCUAGAUUGGGAUGCAAGAUACAAGAUUGCAUUAGGUGCUGCAAGGGGAAUAUCAUAUCUUCAUCAUGAUUGUAUCCCUCAUAUCAUUCAUAGAGACAUCAAAUCAAGCAAUAUUUUGUUGGAUGAAAACAUGGAAGCUAGGGUUUCUGAUUUUGGGUUAGCCACAUUGAUAGAUCAAGACAAGACCCACGUGUCCACUUUAGUAGCCGGUACUUUUGGUUACUUAGCCCCCGAGUAUUUUGAUACGGGAAGAGCGACAACGAAAGGGGAUGUAUAUAGUUUUGGUGUUGUUUUACUUGAGCUUUUAACUGGAAGAAAACCUACAGAUGAAUCAUUUAUCGAGGAGGGGACCCGCCUUGUGACAUGGGUGAAAACAGUUGUUGAAGACAAGAAAGAAGAAUAUGUUCUUGAUGAAAGAUUAGAGUGUUAUCAUGCGGAUGAAAUUAACCAUGUAUUUAAUAUAGCGUUAAUGUGUUUAGAAACCGAGCCAUCUAAAAGACCAAAUAUGUCUGAAGUUGUAAAGAUGCUAGAAAAUAUUAAAACAGAUAAAAUUACAUGUUCAUAAAUCAUAAAUUCGUUAUUCUUUUUUUGGAAAGCAUAAAUAUGUAAUUUUUUUUCAUGUUUAUAUAAGGAGUGAAGCUAAGCCAUUGCUAAUUGAAGCUUUUAAGGAAGGAGAAACAGGGUCACGUCCAAAGAACACAUCAAAAAGAGAUCGUGUCACGUUUUCUGAUUCGAUUGUAGCUUCUGAAGUCGAUGGAAUCCCUUCGUUUGAUAGAUGAAUCUGUUCAUGACAUCAUUUUAUUUAAGUUGAUCGAUUAUAAUAAUCCAAAUUAGCGAUUUUUCAUCAAAUAGACGUAGAAACGAACCAGAAUUUUGGAGGAAUCGAGCCAGGUUAAGAAGAUGAAGGUUCCUUUCUUCAAUGGCCGAUUUUGAAAGAUAUCACGGAAAUCGGAGAGAGCGGUUUCAUCGAUGGCGUUUGGUGAUUUGAUUCUGGGCGAAAUGGCGUCGUUCAAGGCGUCCCAGAAGGUUUUUCCGUCGACGUCUCUGACAAGAACGAUCUGUAGCGAUUUCUCUAAUGGAGCUUCAUUUCAUGGAAAUCCUUAAUCCUAGUAAGAAGCUUAUGGAGAAGAAAGAUACAAUGAUCGAAGUAUGAAAUUGGGGUAGUUAAACCUGAAGAAGAAGAAGCACCAGCAGCCUUGAUGGAGAAGAAAGGAGGGUUGGUAGGGAUGAACAGGGAGAAAAUGAAAUUGAAAUUGCUUGAUUUUCUUUCUGGAAAACGGAUUCUGUUUCUAGGGUUUGAAAUUGAAUGUGGGGAUCCGAAAUUGUUAUGGGGAAGAGGAAGAAGCGAAACUGAUCUGGGAAAGGCUCCAAUUCCUGUUGCAACUAUCAUCUCUUUGAGUGUUCUUGAAUCAGUAAAAAAGCAAACUUCAAACCUCUCUGAUUCUAUCCACUUCACUGGGGCCAGACGCAUGAAGCAUGAUGUGGAUAACUUUAAUCGGAUAUUUGUGAUUAUGAUUUUCUGAUUUUUGUUUUGAUUUUUCUUUAAGCCCUACCUAAAAAAAGAACAAAAUGUCAUCAAACGAUAGUGUAAUUGUUAAAAGAAACAGGGGAAAUGAUCUGCUUUUAACAGAAAUUUGAAAUUUGCUCAAGAUUGUAUUUCGAUGAUUGAAUUAUAUAG